AUGGCAGUAGAGGUCAUACCAUAAUUAUUGUGUUAGAAAAGGUUGAGUUGGACGACCAUUACAAAACCGUUGAAUUAGAAGAUGUUGAGGGUGCGGACCCUAUUUACGAGAACGCAAUCGGACUUGAGAACGGCAUUCAUUCACUUGAUGACAGUGAUCAAGAGAGAGUAAAUAUAGGCGUAUCUCGUCAAUGGAUUGUUCUCGGGCUAGAUAUGAUAUCCUUCCAAACAAUUAAGAGUGAGGAAUCCAGAUCAAUGGACAACCACUUAUAUCAUGGAAAAGUGUUUCUAUCGAAGGCUGAAUUAAAACGAGCUUUGAGUAUGUUGGCACUAAAAGAGUAUUUUGAGUUUAGAGUUAAAAAGUCAUGUCACGCUCGUUUUGAGGUUGGUUGUAAGGAUAAGGCAUGCAAGUUUGCUUUGCGUGCAACGAAGUUGCUUGAAGGAGAAUAUUGUCAUGUUUGGACGUUGCAUAAGGUACACACGUGUACUAUCGAUGGUUUGCAAUGUGGGUACCGAACUGCGAGCGCGAGGGUAAUUGGUGAGCUUAUAUCCAGCAGGGUGCAAGAAAAUUGUGUAACCCCAUUGAGACCAAAGGAAAUAAUGGAAGAGAUGAAUCGCAAGUGGGAAUUGCGAUGCCUAUAUGGUAAGGCUUGGCAAGUGAAGGAGUACGUAGAGAGUCUUAUGUUUGGUCCGUCGAAAGAGUCAUUCCAACACCUCCCCUCGUAUUUCCAUAUGUUGGAACGUGAAAAUCCCGGUACUGUGACGUGUGUCACUACUGAUGGGGAACAACGAUUCAAAUAUUGUUUUUGGGUGUUUGGAUCAUGUAUUCGAGGGUUCAGUGCUGUAAUGCGGCCUGUAGUCGCUAUCGAUGCCACACAUCUAAAAGGCAGAUUCAAGGGUAUUCUGUUUGUGGUAGUAUGCAAAGAUGCGAAUGAACAGAUAUAUCCACUUGCAUUUGGCAUUGGCCAUGUCGAAGACGAAAAGUCUUGGUUGUGGUUUCUUAACCAAUUGCGUCGUGCGAUUGGUUGUCCUGAAAAUGCAAUGUUCAUUUUUGAUCAGCAUUUUGGCAUUAAGAAUGUAGUUGAGAAAGUGUACAAGGACGCUCAUCACGGUCUAUGUAAUUACCACUUAGGGAAAAAUGUUAAAAACAGGUUCAAGCGCGAAGAUGUUGCAGCGAUUUUCACCAUGGUAGCCAAAUGCUAUAGGGUCAUCGAUUUUGACAAACAUAUGAAUAAGCUGAAAUAG